AUGCUGCCGCUCCAUAUUGCCCUUUACUCUCUCUUGGCCACAGCCCUAGCCUUCGCUAUCAUCGAGCUUGGUCUCACAGCUUAUGUUACCAGUGCCAUAUCUGAUUACUCGAGAGAAGAGCUUUUCAGACGAUAUUGGGACUAUAGCUACAGUUAUUGGCACGUCAGCACGCCUUCGAUCCUCAUUUUCUUGCUCUUUACUUCAUGCUGGACUAUCCUUGCCAGUGCUGGCGCUCUGGCUGCCCAUGGUCUGGCUGCGGUCUACUUUGUCACGAUGGUUUUCUGGCUGGCCGCCUUUGCCGAUUUUGUUUCCUACUUCGAUGGGAACUUUUUCAGCGACUACCUGAGCGCCAUUGUUGCCUUCGCGGUACUUGAUUGGCUCCUCUUCCUCGCACUCUUCAUUGUCACCAUCCUGGCGCUUUGUGGUGUCCUCGUAUCGGACUGGCCUGGUUAUCACUCUUUCCGUGGCGCGCACACGCAGAAAGAGAAGUCAGCCCCAGCAGAUGCUUCAGCUGCUCCCCAUGAUGUGCCGAUGAGUACGAACCCUGUUGCUCCGUCAGAGUUGUCUUCUCGUGAUACUGAGGCUUUGCAUGACCAGCCGCACACGAGGGCGUUUAGCCCCUCGUCGCGUUCCGCAGUCACCAGCGCUGAGUUGAGUGGCGAUGUUAGCCCUGACCACCACAACUCGACAACCCAUGCGUGA